AUGUCAUCAUUUUCACUGGUGAAUAUGCUCUAUGUAUCACUUAUCAGCGUUAUCUAUGCUAUACAUUACAGAAUAGUGAAGGAAGGCGAUCGUGGAUUGGAAGGUGAAGGAAGCGGAACUGGCGAUGAAAGGAUUGUAGUAUGGGAAAAAGUAGCUGUCCCUCCGGAAGAAGUUGAUCAGCAGUUCACGAAGACUGAUGAAUCCAGCCAUGGACAGGACUUACUACUGCCCGACACUGAUUCCAUUACGUCUUCUACCGUUUUUAUCGCCGGAGUCGAAAAGGAUUCCGAAUUUGCAGUGGAACAGCCCACAAUCAAGCCAAAAAUGCACGCAGGCGCAUCCGGGAUGCAUCGAUUCCACUUGGUUCAUCCGCCACAAGCACAUUUUGAAACAAAGAACUACGAGGUGCAAGAUAUCUGGAAAUCCAAGUCACUUAUUUUUCACGGUAAUUUCUGUUGA